UCGAAGCUCCAUUGGAUUUUUGGGCGUCGAAUACAACAAUGGAAGGCCAGCAGGUUUUAGAGAAUUGGGAUUCUCUCUGGUUCUUCGCCACCGUAUUCUCCAAUAGAACGCCGCCGCCGCCGCCGCCACCGGUCGUCGAAAACCCCACUCAAAAUGACUUCGUUGAGCCUCCUGGAGAAGAAAUUGCGACACCCCUUACUCCAAAUGAGCAAAAUAACGUUGGUGAUGAGAAGAAGAUUGAAAAUGGUGGUGGGUUUGGGAUAAAAACAGAGGAGAAGGAGCAAAGGAGAAAAAACAGAGGAAGGAGAUGUUGGGGUUUGGAGCAGAGGAGAAAAAUUGUUGGAGAGAUGGAUCUGAGUUAUGCUGUGAAGGAGAUUUGUGAAUGUUGGUUGUUUGAAGAGACGAGAAUUGGAGGUGGGAAUCAGUACCAGAGGAAGAAGAAGACGAAGAAGAUGCCUCCGUUUGAAGAUAGUAUGGCCAUGAAAGAACACAUCAGAUCCUGGGCUUAUGCAGUGGCUUGCACUGUUAGAUGAUCACACUAAUUGACAAUUUUGUUUUAUGAUUUUCUAUCCAAAUUUUGUAUUCAGAUCUGUAAUUUGGUGAAUAAGUUUCUCCAUUAGUUCUAUUUUAGUUUAUGUUUUUUUU